GAUUAAUAUUGAUGAAUAUUUUAGUGUAGAAAAGACAAAAACUGUGGCAGAAGAGAGAAUUAAACCUCACUCAGUAGCGAGUAACGUUUACGGAGCUGACCUACUAUAAACAUAUUAAGCAAAGGACACGUCAUCUUAAUAUUUUGUUAUCUUUGCAUAGCAGUAUCAACAGAUCAGAGCACCAUGAAGUCCUACACAGCAUUUGGAGAAAUUCCAACGUGUCCUGUGAUAAUGCAGCGUGACAAUAAGGAUGGUGGGGAUAAGAAAAAAGUAAUUGUUAUUAUUCCUGGAAAUCCCGGUUAUAAGGCUUUUUACGACGAGUUUGCUUUGGAACUCUAUAAUACAUUGGACAAAGAAAUUCCAAUUAUUCAGACGGGACAUCUUGGACAAGAGCGAUUAUGUCGUCAUUACGAUAGAAAUUUGCCUCCUUUAAACGACAAUAAACAGCUGUAUGGUUUAGAUAAUCAAGUAAAGCACAAGAUUGACAUAAUUAAGAAUGCAGUGCCUGAAAAUCAUGAGAUUUUUCUUGUUGGACAUUCCAUUGGUAGUUGGAUGAUUUUGGAAAUGCUGAAGAAUACUGAAAUAAGGAAACAAACAAAAAAAUGUUUUCUCCUGUUUCCCACUAUAGAGAGAAUGGCUGAGAGUCCCAAUGGACAAAUAUUUUGCAGAUAUAACGCUCUAUUUGCUCCACUUUUAAUUUUCUUGACAAAACUAUUUUGUCUUGCUCCACGAUUCCUCCGAAACUUCAUUGUAAGUCUCUAUCUCUACAUGUCAUUCCUGGAUGGAAAACUAAAAAUCAUUCUCAGACGUUUUAUUCAUCCAGAAGUUGUUCAACGAAGCCUCGUUCUGGCUCAAGAGGAAAUGAUUCGUGUCCGGGACUUAGACAUAAGAAUCAUUGAGGAAAAUAAAAGUGUUCUUAAAUUAUACUACGGUACCACAGAUGGAUGGGUCCCAGUGCAAUACUAUGAGGAAAUAUGCCAAAAAAUUCCUGAAAUUGAUGCUGAACUUGAUAGUGAUAACAUAGAACAUGCAUUUGUGCUCAAAUCAUCGAAAGUGAUGGCACAAAAAACUUCUUUGUGGAUCAAAAAUCUUGUGGAAUGAAUUUUACGAAUUUUAUAUUUACUUAGAUCAAUAUAAGAUUGAUUGGAAAAUUGUAA